AUGUGUGAUGGGUUGUUAUGUAUUUCUUUUGAUGCUGACAUGAGAGAAUUUGAGUAUGGUAAACGUGAGUGCUAUUGUAUUGGAGAUAAUUUGUAUCUUUGGAACCCGAUAUGCAGAAAAUCUAAAAGGCUUCCGGGACUUGAACUCUCGACCUCUGGCGUGAACUUUGGGCAAUAUGGUGGUGUGAGCUUCGGGUAUUAUGGUGGUGAUUAUAAGGUGAUGGUGAUUUCUUCGUCUACUGGCUAUAAUUAUUUUGUGUCUGUUUACAGCUUGAGUAGUAAUCGUUGGAACGUUAUUCGUACUAAUUGUUAUUAUCAAGAGAUUAGUGAUUUUGUUAUUAAGCAUCCUACCAAGUUUGUAGAUGGCACUGUAUAUAUGAUAACAGCUACACGAAGGACAUCUUUUUCAUAUCUGCCGCUGAUUGUAUGGUUUGAUUUACGCGAUGAGACUAUCCAACAGUUAAAGUGUCCGGAAGAAUUUGUUUAUUAUUGUUCUCGUUAUACCAUUGAAGCGUAUGGAGAAUCAAUUGCUGUUUUCGGAUGUGGUAAUCGAGAGGAUGAGCGGUAUCUUGACAUGUGGACCUUUUUAAGAGACAAGGACUCAUCCAAAUCAAGCUGGGAAAAAAAGCUGGUUAUUAAAUUGGAAAAUAUUGGGUAUUCUCAUAUUCCAUUAGGCUUCUUAGACAAUGGUAGAUAUAUGAUAAGUAGACAUUCUAUGAAAGUUUAUUAUCCACGUAUGUGGAAAACCACGUUCCUUUUGUGCGAUCUGGAGUCUCAAAAAGUUUUAAAGUACGGAUCUCAAAGUGGUUCAGACUCUCACGGCAGUAAGAUGAAUCCUAAUUGUGUGGAGAGCCUCCUUCUACUCGAUGAAGAUAGCGUAGAUCCUUUUGUGCACUCUGAGGCCGAGUCUUCUUGCGGUUCAAUAUUGUUUACUUUGAAGAAGGAUAUCGGACAUCCAACAAAGUGCAAAAACUGA